UCAAAUGCCAUUGAAAUUAUUGUUCUUGUUCACGUUUUGGAAUUUUGGUGUAAGAUUGGACAAGAUUUAAAGUUUUAUUUGUUCUACUUGUUUCAGUUAGUACUGAAUCAAAAUGCAGAUCGUUUCUAAUUUAGUGAAGGUAUCAAUUCCUAACUAUUUGGCUGGUUUGCCUAUUCCUGACUCUAUCGGAGGAUGGUUCCGUCUUGGAGUGCGAGACUGGCUGGCUCUCAUUCCCCCCACGGCUGUGCUGGGCGGCAUCUCCUAUGUAUCGUAUCAAACCAUUAAGAAGGCCCGAGAGAAUGGCAAGGUCAACCCUGACAUAAGGAAAGAAAUACCAAAAGUGGUGGAUUUCAUAGACAUUGAAGAUAUCACUGACAAGGCUUCACUAUGCAGGUGCUGGAGAAGCAAAAAUUGGCCAUACUGUGACGGCUCUCAUGGAAACCUGAACAAAGAGACCAGAGACAACGUCGGGCCCGUGGUGGUUAGACACAAGGAAAAGAAGUGAUGAACUCCCCCCUGAUCAAACCAGUAGUGAUGAAUAGUGAUAUGUAUGUAACUAUUUAAGUAAUAACUUUGAUAUUUUAUAUUUAUUUAUACAUAUUAUAGCAAACUUGCCUUCUGAUCUACGUAAAAGCAUUUUUUUAUUUAAUAUUUGUAUACAUAAUAUUAUAGUUUGUAUUAUUGUAGUAUGUUUAUUUCUAUUUAAUAUUGUUUUACUGUUGAAAAAGUUAAAUCGGAUUGUUAAGUUAAAAUAGUACUAGAUACAGGGUUAAAAUAAAAAUCAUUUGAAAGAAA